AUGUGUAUGUAUCAAAUUCUGCUUAAAAAGGGAGCUAAGCUAGUGAGGCAGCCCCAAAGGAGACUUAGCCCUUUAAUUCUUGAUGUUAUGAAGAAAGAGGUAACUGAGUUGUUACAUGCAGGUUAUUUUCAGAUCCAUAUUGAACCAGAGGAUCAAGAAAAGAAAACUUUUGCAUGCAUAUUCAUGUUUGUUGAUGAUUUCACUGUUUAUGGUUCUUCAUUUGAUGCAUGUUUGAACUGUUUAAAUAUGGUUUUAGAGAGAUGCAUAGAAAUUGACCUUGCUUUGAAUUAUGAAAAAUUCCAUUUUAUGGUUGAACAAGGAAUUAUUUUGGGUCACAUAAUUUCUGAAAAAGGAAUUUUAGUAGAUCAUUCUAAGAUUGUUGUGUUUUCUACACUGUCUUACCCAUCUUGCAUUUACGAGAUUCAUUCUCUUCUUGGUCAUGUAGGUUUUUGUAGGCGCUUCAUAAAGGAUUUCGGCAAAAUAACUCUUCCACUAUCAAACUUGUUGAAAAAUGACGUCACUUUUGAUUUUGAUGACAAAUGCAAAAGGGCGUUUGAUUCCUUGAAGAAGGCAUUGACCUCUACUCCCAUCAUCCAACUGCCUAACUGGACCCUCCCUUUUGAAAUUAUAUGUGAUGCAUCUAACUAUGCAGUUGAGGAUGUCCUAGCAUAA